CUCUGUAUCUUUGGCCUAAUUCUCCCUUUCCUCACGCAACCAUUCAACAGCUGUCAAGACUGCUACUCUCCAUCCUCCCACAUCUCCUUCAUUAUUUAAAAAAACUCGUGAACGGUUUAAAAAAACAUCCAAACUCUUCCAAAAUGCAGUUCAACGCCAUCGCCCUUCUCACAACCACCCUCCUCGCCGGCGCCCAGGCAUCCGCCAUCCCCGCCUCCGCGCCGGCCGUUGUGCCCCAAGACGCCGUCCCCGUGUUCGAGGGCAGCGGUGCGGAGCUGGCCGGGCUCAAGGCCAAGCGCGACGGCAAAUACGAGUGGGCGGUGGUGCUGGGCCUGUACAGCGACUACAGCUGCGGCGCCGGGCAGCGCGACAACACCAAGCCCGACGGCACGUGCUACCCCAUGGGCGAUAACGACAAGGGCAUGAAGAUUUUCUGGCUGGCGCAGGGGUGCAGAGUUCUCAUCAAGGGACCCGGUGGCUGCGGUAGCAGUGGUGGCCAGUGGCAUAGCAACCUUAACCAGUGCAUCCCGCUGCGUGAUUUGUGGUACUACCAGGUGUACUGCUAAGCAGCGCCCAAGCCUUUUUGACAACCGAUGAGCCUCUCUUUGGGCAACAUUGGCCUUCAUAUUUUAUACUCUGCUUCUUCGUCACUCUUUUUUCCCGCCUCGAGGCGGCUUUUCAUUUCCUGUGGCUCAAGUAGCCAUCUCAGCUUUUUAUUUUGAUUCUUUUCUUUGUCUAUCAAGCUAUCACCCCAGCGUCCUGUCGUGAAGAGGUUAAAAUGGUAUAUGAGGCAAAGGGGAGCUUUUGAAGACGGGGGUUGGAAGAACGUCUAAAUAGUCCCAAUUAAAAUUGCAGCUUUUCCAGAUUCGUCCCAGCCCGCCCUUGUAAGGCAAGGAAUCCAUCGUGUUGAAGCAACCGGG